AUGCCACGCCCACCAGUACGACGGGCUCGCACCGUGCGCCAGGCGCCGGAAAAAGGCUCUAUCAAGCCAGUCGAGAAGAAGUAUAACACAACAGCAGAUGAAUCGCAAGCCAACAUCGCAACGCCUCGACGAGCCGUCCAGAAUCAAGGGAAAAAAGGCCAAACCGAUACCCAGCACGGCGCUGACUUGACUCCGACGAGAGACCCCAACGAAAAUGUCAUUGCUUCCUCACCAGCAGAAAACACAACUACGACCAGUAUUCGACCCCCGACUCGAGCACGCGGCUACUCCUCUACAUUAUCUCUAGUUGGACGAAAGGGGGAUUUCAAUUCACGAAUCGGCAGUACCCCUGGAUUUGAGAGCUCUAUUCUGAGCAAUUUCAAGAAGCGAUCGAGACAGCCGAGUCUGUUACAAAUGAUGCAGGCAGAUGAUGAAGACUCAUCAGAUUUUGACGAUGAGGAUUUUCUGGGUGGCUUUAGUCCCCAGGACGAAUCGACGCCAUUGAAUGUUGCUAGAGUUUCGAAUGCUGCGGAGAGGCAAUUGGCCGUUUCUCCUUCCCGUCCUCCGCCAAUUAUUGUGUCGCCGUCAUCUACGGAAUCCAGGAAGAGGAAGCGCCAGUCGGGAGCAGUAAACGAUAAGCACGUCGAACCAGUCUUGCCCUCGUCGAGAAGUAGUUCAGUGUCGACACUUACUCCAGUUCCAGAAUCUCCAGUGGCCGGAUCGAGUGACGAACUUCCCAGUUUUACUAUGGCUACACCUAUGAGUAAUUCUACGGCAAGUCCUGUACGAUUGAUGACCGUCGAAAGGCGGACUGCUGCAACAUCAGAGGAAACGAAGUCUUUGCCGAAAGUGACCACACUCAGCCUACAAACCAGAUUUCUUCCACAACGCCGUAUCCGCCGUCGUCAGCACACAGAUGGCAGCGAUGACGAAGACAUUGAUUCAGCCAAUGAAGAUCCGGACGAGGACGAAUUGACUCGUGAAGUCAUGAGGAGACCACACCGAUCACGAAAGAAGGCCUUGUCUACCGCGACAUCUAGAAAGACGAAUGCGAAACUGGGCGAGUCCAAUCGAGGAGGCAAAAAGGACAAACGCGACAAUACCAAGGGUACAGGUAAGGCUGUUGAUACCCAAGGCAGCAAGUCGCAACGGACAUACUCUCGUCAAACCGCAGACAAAGAGAACGACAAAGAAAACGACAAAGAAAACGACUAUCUCUCUGACAACUCUUCGCUUCUCUCCUCACCACCGCCAUCGGAGGAUCUAGAAUCAGAUACUGAUCUGCCAUUGCAUGCCUCGAAGAAGCGGAUAGGCAGUCGCGAGCUGCAAAACGCAGCGCUCAAGUUUGCAGAGGUGGAUCAAUGGGAGAUGGAGUUUGAAGAUGUUUCCAAUUUCGAGAGCAGUCCUAUGCGAUGA